ACCUAAAACACCAUGCCAAAUCCCAUCUUUUUUGCCUCACUCUCCAUCCCACUUUUUGUGAUUCCUCUUCUUUAUUGGGCAUACACUUACCCCAAGAAUAAGUACAAGCAAACCAAUCUUGUGCUCUAUGUCCAUGACAACCUCACCGGUGACGAUGCGUCCGCAAUGACAGUGGCCGGAAAAGACGGUCCAACCACUAGCAUCAUGCAUUUCGGGACCCUUUUAGCACAUGAUGAUCCAGUGACCACAACCCCUGAUCCCGAGUCUAAACAUGUGGCAAGGGCCCAAGGUAUGUACAUCAAUAGCCAACUGGAUGGAAAAGCAUUGUACAUGAUAUUUUCUAUCAUGUUCACUGAUGGAGAGUAUAAGGGGAGCACAUUGGAGAUUCAGGGAGCUGAUCCUUUCGUGCUAAAGGAGAGGGAGUUUUCAGUUGUCUCAGGAACGGGUUACUUUCGGUUUGUGAAAGGGUACGGGAUCAUGACUACCGAGUUUCUUGAUAUUCCAAACUUGAGAGCUAUUAUCAAGCUUAAUAUAACAGUAAGGCAUUUUUGAAAUAUUACAUUUUGAACUUUGUGUUUUUAUUUCACUUGAAAGUCUUAUGACAA